AUGAUCUACGCGUUCUUCACCCUCCUCCUUUGCCUCCUCCCUUUCGUCACUGCCGCGGAUUCUCCUCUUCAGCGUCAUCAAUCUCGAAAGCGCGCUCUCCCACGUCGUCAGGAGAACAUCACCGCCCAUGCCCAGCGCGGCCUGGUCGCCCGUGGCGCACCGGCCGGAUGGACCAUCUACGUUGCCAGCGGGAAUGAUGGCUCCGGAUGCUACGUCGACAGCGCGCAACGCACUCUUCCGGACUACUACGCGCCUAUGGGCUACUCGAGCGUUGAGACGGGCUUGAAGAUGUGCCAGGAGAAGGGGUACAAGUUCGCCGGUCUCGAGAACUACAAUGAGGUCUACUGUAGUAACAAUCCACCGACAGCUAGCCAGAACGCGCCUUCCAGCGAGUGCUCGGCAAGGUGCAGCUCAGGUGAACUCUGCGGCGCGGCUUGGCGCAUCAACAUCUACACCUACACCGAUCCGAGCACGACCCAGUGGACUUUGCAGGGAUGCUACCAAGAUUCCUUCUUCCGCAGUCUUACCGGCUACUCGACGUACGACUCUCAGAUGACAGCUGCAAAGUGUCAGGCGACCUGCGCGUCCAAGGGGUACCAAAUGGCCGGGUUGGAAUACGGGCAAGAGUGUUACUGCGGAAAUUCCGUCUCUGGCCAAAAGAUCAAGGACGAGUAUUGCGAUAUGAAGUGUGUCGGCGGCGGCGACAACUGCGGUGGUGGCUGGACUUUGUCCCUCUACCAGCUCACCCCCAUCCCCGCGGCCCCCGCGCCAGUCACGACUCCAUCCACUCAGUGGGCGCUCCAAGGAUGCUACCAAGACCAGUCUCCGCGGAUACUGAGCGGCUACGGCAUGUACGAUGAAGGGAUGACCAUCGCCAAGUGCCUGGCGACGUGCGAAUCCAAGGGGUUCAAGAUGGCCGGACUGGAGUUCGGACAGGAAUGCUACUGCGGCAACACUGUCACUGCGCCGAGAGUCGCCGACCAGAGCUGUAAGCUGAAAUGCGUCGGUGGCGGUAGCGGCGACAACUGCGGUGGGAGCUGGGCUCUUUCACUCUACCAGCUCGGCGGGCCCCCGGCCUUGACACCCGUACCCCCGUCCACUAUCCCCGACGGAUGGAAGUACGUCUACUGCGCGUCAGACACCGGCGACCGCGCCCUCGCCAAUGCUCAGACGCACAUGUGGGACCUCACCAUCCCCAAAUGCCUCAACUACUGCUCCGACCUGGGCUUUACUCUCGCCGGGGUCGAGAAUGAGGCGGAAUGCUAUUGCGCCAACUCGCUCUCCACGUCCAGCGGACAGGGGAAGCAGGUCAGCGAGGGGGACUGCUCGACCAACUGCGCAGGGGACAAUGGAACGAAGUGCGGUGGAUUCUGGCGCCUGUCGCUGUAUUCUACUCUGAGCGGCUCAGCUCUCUCGUCCGCGCUUACUCCACCCGUUACCACUACCAGUACCACCACAGCUGCGACUGUCCAGCCCACCGUCGUUCCCACCACGACGACUACCGCCCAGCCCGUCACUCCUACUACCACCACCGAUGUCCCCACCCCUACUGCUUCUCCAUCCCCUCCUCCCGCACCUCCAGCGCAACCCUCGUCAUACACCAUCCCCACCAACUUCCCCAGCGGCGGCGGCGACAAGCAAAUCUAUGCUCACUUCAUCGUCGGCAAUUCGUACCCCUACAGCGUCGAUACAUGGCGUACCGAUAUCGGCCGCGCCCAGGCCGCCGGCCUCGAUGGCUUUGUGCUCAAUCUUGGGCCGGACGCUUGGCAGCCCAGUCGAGUGGCAGAUGCGUACUAUGUCGCCGCGGAGGAGGGCUUCAAGAUGGUGUUGAGUUUCGAUAUGUACGAGUUUGAUUGUGGAGGAUGGGACCGAGUGCCACUCUUCCAGAACUACCUCGACAAAUACGUCAACCACCGCGCCGCCGGCAAGUAUCAAGGUCGAUCCAUCCUCACUACCUUUGCCGGGGAACACUGCUCCUUUAGCCAAGGAUCGACCAACGCGGGCUGGAACGCCGUCAUGGGCGCCUGGAAGACCCAGAUCUACUUUGCCCCGGCGUACAAUGCGGAUCCGAUGCAAUUGGGCGGGUUUGAUCUGCACGCCGAGGUGAACUGGGGAUCGGCGUGGCCGGCAGCGGGGAAGGAGAUUGAGAUGAGCAGGGAUAAGUGGUUCAUGCAGCAGUUGGGCGGGAGGGGUUACAUUGGGACGGUAUCGCCCUUGUUUGCAGCUCAUAUUCCGGGCAAGAACUUUAUCUGGAGGGGCGACAACUUCCUGUAUGGUGCCCGAUGGGACCAGCUCCUCUCCAUGCGGGACAAGACGGACCUCGUCGAGGUUGUCAGCUGGAACGAUUAUGGAGAGUCGACGUACAUCAAUGAAAUCACCGGCGAUAUGCCCCAGGCCGUCAAGGACCAGGGAUACGCCACCGAUGACUUUACCCAUUCUGCCCUCCUCUCGCUUCAAGCGUUCUACUCAGCCGCGUGGAAGAACGGCGCCUACCCCGCCAUCACCCAAGACCAGAUUUGGGCUAUGGCUCGCCCACACCAGGCCUGGGCGGGCGCGAACGGCGAGGUGCCAAAGGGUCGUGAGCUUACCGAUGACAAGCUGUACAUCCAAGUCCACCUUACCGCUCCCGCCGACGUCAUCCUCUGCUCUGGCGGGUGCUCCACCCAACAAGGCCAAGCAGGGAUCAACCGCUUCUCCCAUCCUUUGCAGGUCAGCCAGACCGCCUCGGCGAGGGUGGAGCGGAAUGGGCAAGUCGUUGCUAGGGUGGAUGGCAAAGUGGGCUUUGUCAGUAAUCCGGCAAAGUACAACUUCAACUACUGGAUCUUGAGUUCGGCCUGA